AUGGCCAAUUCCAACGAGACGUCAACUGAUGGGCAAGAGUCUAGCAUAGUCGAAGUUCUCGACGAUAACAAAUCCAGCAAGGCGGAGGCGCAGCCUCUGGAAGCAGAAAUCGAUAGGAAUGAAACGCAGGCUAGCGAAAGCAACACCGAAGCGAUAUCGCAGUACACGAAAGAUCAACCGCACAUCGUCUUCGUCGACCCAGUCGGCACUCGCUGGAUGUUUCCAUACGAGGAUGUCAAGACGUGGAAUGGUGUCAGGAAAUUGGUCAAAUCAGUUUUUGCCGAACUAUACGUCCCCAAGUGGAUCGUGACGAGCCUCGACGAGGAGACAAAGGGUCCCCACGAGAAUUUCACCAUUACCCAAAUCCAACCUGAGUGCUCCAGCGUUUUGAGCAGUCAUUGGGAGAGCUUGGUGUCACCAGGCUGGGAAUUCAAGAUUGAGUUCAGUAGGGGUAUCAGGAUUCUGGAAUCUAUUCGCGAAGAAAAACGUUACAUAGAGAACGAACGCAAAUCCUCAAAGUCCGAAAAUUCCGACGAUGAAGCAUCUGAGAAGGGUGACGAAGAGCCGGUACCAGUCGAGAAGAUGAGCAAGAUAGUCUACGUGGCAAAUUAUUUGGCCCCGGAUAGUGAUGGUGACUACAGAAGCCGCACUGUUGAGCGAAAGGAAGAAAAGAUACAAAUCAUAAGGUCACCUGAAAUGCAGAGUCGCAACUCGGUUCUUGAGGAACAUAGAGAGGUUUACUUCAGUGACCGCCAUGCCACCAACCUGAAACAGGAAAUGGUCGAUACGAUCGGCAACCCAGUUCUCUAUAUUCACUCGCCGAUUCUUCUGGAUGCUCUUCGAGCCAUCAUUGAUUUCCAAUCCAUUCCAGAUGAGUUCCGACCGAAAGAAUGGCGCGCGAAAUCUUUUAGCAGUGACCUUAACCGGGCGCGUUUCGUGUACCCUUUUGUCGAUCUUUAUCACUAUCGAGAGAAAUUACUUGGAUAUCGGGAUGUGGUAAAGGAAUGCCAUGAUGAAGGGUACAGUACAACGUGUGUGGAGCAUAUUGACAUCCUGAAUGAAUAUCUCGAGGGUCUGACAGAGAUUGGCUUGGAGGAUGCCGAGCGUCUGGCUAGCGGCCCAAUUCCAAAGACAACCUUUACCCAUCUUUGGCUCCUCCUCAAGCCUGGUACAGAUGUUUACGUUCGUGAAGAGGGGAAGCUUAACGCAUAUGUGAUUGAAUCCUUCGUCGGUGGGUUCAACUGGAGCUCGCGUUCAGCGCGUUCGGGCCCACACCAUGUCAAUGUCUGGAAUCUCAAUUUCGACGGGCAGCACUUGACUCGAUCCGUUAAGAGUGUCGCUAUUCCCGUUUUCGACCACGAGCGCAACAUCGACUCAUUGCCCGUGUAUCCAGUCCGGUUCCACGUCGAUGAAGAUCCCGAAAACACUCUCCAUCAGCAGUUGGUGAAUAGAGGAAAACGAUUUGUGGAAAUGAUGAGACAGCCUUCGUUCCAGGAGUACAGUGGUCCGAGUAAACUGCAAGGUAUCCGCACUGUGAGUUCAACUCCAUAUAUGACAUGGCCCAGUCGCCCACUUGUUCAUCCGGUCUCAUAA